AUUAUCAAAAAUUUGUGGACCGCGCAAAUACAACUAACAAAAAAAUAGCAUAAGAGGAAAGAUGUAUUAAAUUUUUUUUUUUAAAAAACAAAAUAUUAAAUCAGUAAACGUUUAAAGAAGGUAGAAAGUUUCGGAUUAACUGAGAGAAAGAUGUCAAGUGGUGUAAUUAAAGCUGCAUUUAAGAUUAUAGCUUUAAGAGGCAGGAAGAAUAAAUCGAGAAAUGAUGAAAUACAUUCUACAUCUGAUAAAAUAUCUUCAACAUAUACUGUAACAUUACUGCUUAUUUUUAACUUUUUCGUCACAAAGAGUCAGUACGUUGGUGAUCCAAUUGCUUGUUGGGCUCCGGCGUAUUUUGCUAGAAGUUGGAAGAAAUACGCAGAUAAUUAUUGUUGGGUUAAAGGAACUUAUCCAUUACCCUUUGAUGAAGAUAUCCCUCAAGAUGAAUUGUAUCGUGAAGAUAAAACGUUACGAUAUUAUCAAUGGGUUCCUUUGUAUUUGUUCGCUAUGUGUGUUUUCUUCUAUUUGCCAAGUUGUUUAUGGAGUUGGGUAAAUUCACAGUCAGGAGUGGCCCUAUCGCCUCUUAUCAAAGCCGCUAAAGAGUACCAAUCAACUGCAGAUGACAAGGAAUUAGAGGCGAUUUGCUUUUGUUUUGAGAAAUUUGUUAAUAAUCAACUAGCGAGAAAACACUGGAUUUUGCAGAUACUUUGCGUGUUAAGUAAUAGGGCUAGAGGAAAUUUUAUGAUAACGUGUUAUCUUAUAACUAAAGUAUUGUAUUUAGUAAGUUCUAUUGGUCAAUUUUUUCUGGUGAGCUACAUGCUGGGAUUUAAUCUUAGUUCAUAUUCUCUCAAGGCUCUUUAUGACAUGAGCAAUGGAAACGAUUUAGCAGAAUCAAAAUUUUUCCCUAGAGUAACAAUGUGUAAUUUCAAAGUUAGACGCCUCGGAACUAUAAAUGACGUCAAUUUACAAUGUGUAUUACCAAUUAAUUUGUUUAAUGAAAAAAUUUUCAUCUUUAUAUGGAUUUGGAUUAUUUUUGCAAUUGUUCUUCAAGCUUUCUCCUUUAUAAGAUGGCUCUUCCUUGCCUUAUCAUUUAUAGAUAGAAAGAGAUACGUUCAUAAUCUUCUAGAAGGGGUUAAAAACAAAGAUAAUCUAAAAGAUUUUUGUGAAUAUAUUCACAAGGAUGGAGCAUUAGUGCUAAAGAUGAUCAAUAGCAAUACAAACUCUUUAGUAACGUCCGAUAUAGCUAAAUUACUGUAUAAAAGAAAAUAUGAAGAGAUUAAUUCAAAUUCUAAUAAUCAAGAGGCGAUUGUUUAAGAACAAAAUAAAAAAGCGUCUAAUAGCAAAAAAAAACGGAUGUGACGAUAAUAUAAAAGUUCAUUUUUUAUUAUGUUAUUCUUUCUUUACCGUUAUCAUUCUGUUAAGGAUUCUAAAUAAAUAUUACAAAAUACCAAAAUCUAUUUAUUUAUCCUAGAUAACAAUUAUCUGCU